CUUUGUGAACAUCCUCCUUCCCUAUGAUGCCAAAACCAUUGGGACACGCUUCCGCUGGUGGCAGCCUAAGCACGAUGGCCUGGACCAGAACGACUGGGCUAUAGACAAUGUGUUGAUCUCCGGCUCAGCUGAUCAGAGGACAGUGAUGCUCGACACUUUCAGCAGCGCUCCCCUGCCACAGCAUGAGCGCUCCCCUGCUGACGCAGGGCCCACUGGGAGGAUCGCCUUUGACAUGUUAAUGGAAGACAAAACUACAGUGAACGAACACUGGUUAUUCCAUGAUGAUUGCUCGAUUGAGAGGUUUUGUGAUUCUCCUGAUGGUGUCAUGAUCUGCGGGAGCCAUGACGGCAGAGAGGUCUAUGCAGUCACCCAUGACCUGACUCCUACAGAAGGCUGGAUUAUGCAGUUCAAGGUUUCUGUUGGAUGUAAAACCUCCGAAAAACUUGCACAAAAUCAGGUCCAUGUGCAGUAUUCCACUGACUUUGGUGUUAGCUGGAGUUACUUAGUACCUCAGUGUUUACCAGCUGAUCCAAAAUGUUCUGGGAGUGUCUCACAGCCAUCUGUCUUCUUUCCCACAAAAGGAUGGAAAAGAGUAACUUACCCACUGCCUGAAAACCUUGUGGGCAAUCCUGUGAGGUUUCGGUUCUACCAGAAAUACUCAGAUAUGCAGUGGGCCAUCGAUAAUUUCUAUCUGGGCCCUGGUUGUCUGGAAAACUGUAGAGGUCAUGGAGACUGCCUGAAUGAGCAAUGCAUCUGUGAUCCGGGGUAUUCGGGACCAAACUGCUAUCUGACCCAAACACUGAAGACUUUCCUGAAAGAGCGCUUUGACAAUGAAGAAAUUAAACCGGAUUUAUGGAUGUCCUUAGAAGGUGGAAAUACCUGUACUGAGUGUGGGAUCCUUGCAGAAGACACAACUCUGUAUUUUGGAGGUGCAACUGUGAGGCAGGCUGUCACUCAAGAUCUGGACCUGCGAGGGGCAAAAUUUCUACAGUACUGGGGGAGAAUUGGGAGUGAAAACAACAUGACAACAUGUCACAGACCAACUUGCAGAAAGGAGGGAGUGCUGCUAGACUAUUCCAUUGAUGGAGGGAUAUCCUGGACUUUGCUUCAUGAGAUGGAUUACCAAAAAUACAUCUCAGUCAGGCACGACUACAUCCUCCUUCCCGAACAUGCUCUGACCAAUACAACCCGCUUGCGCUGGUGGCAGCCUUUCACCAUCAGCAAUGGGAUCGUGGUUUCAGGCCCCGACCGGGCGCAGUGGGCGCUGGACAACAUCCUGAUCGGAGGAGCGGAGAUCAACCCCAGCCAACUGGUAGAUACAUUUGAUGAUGAAGGCAUCUCUCAUGAAGAAAACUGGAGUUUUUACCCUAAUGCAGUCAGGACUGCAGGGUUCUGUGGAAACCCAUCAUUCCAUCUCUACUGGCCAAAUAAGAAAAAGGACAAAACAAACAACAUCCUGUCCUCCAGGGAGCUCAUUAUACAGCCAGGAUACAUGAUGCAGUUUAAAAUCGUGGUUGGCUGUGAGGCAACUUCUUGUGGGGACCUCCACUCUGUGAUGCUGGAGUACACGAAGGAUGCCAGGACGGACUCAUGGCAGCUCGUCCAGACACACUGUCUUCCUUCCUCAUCUAACAGCAUUGGCUGCUCCCCAUUUCAAUUCCACGAAGCUACCAUCUAUAACUCUGUCAACAGCUCCGUUUGGAGAAGAAUAACUAUCCAGCUGCCUGACCAUGUCUCAUCCAGUGCAACUCAGUUCAGGUGGAUUCAGAAGGGAGAAGAACUAGAGAAGCAAAGCUGGGCAAUCGACCAUGUGUACAUCGGGGAAGCAUGCCCAAAGCUCUGCAGUGGUCAUGGAUACUGCACGACUGGAGCCAUUUGCAUUUGUGACGAAGGAUACCAAGGUGAUGACUGCUCUGUUUUUAGCCAUGACCUCCCCAGUUAUAUUAAAGAUAAUUUUGAAUCUGAAAGAGUCACUGAAAUAAACUGGGAAACCAUUCAGGGGGGAGUGAUAGGGAAUGGAUGUGGACAGCUGGCACCCUACGCCCAUGGAGAUUCGCUCUAUUUUAAUGGAUGUCAAAUAAGACAAGCCGUGACUAAGCCUCUGGAUCUCACCCGAGCAAGCAAAAUCAUGUUUGUAUUGCAAAUUGGAAGUAUUUCACAAACAGACAGCUGCAAUACCAACCUGAGUGAUCCUAACACUGUAGACAAGGCAGUGCUCCUCCAAUACAGUGUAAAUAAUGGAAUUACAUGGCAAGUAAUUGCACAGCAUCAGCCAAAGGACUUUAUACAAGCCCAAAGAGUGUCUUAUAAUGUUCCCCUGGAGGCACGAAUGAAAGGAGUCUUACUGCGCUGGUGGCAGCCCCGUCACAGCGGAACAGGUCAUGAUCAGUGGGCUUUGGACCACGUAGAAGUCGUCCUAAUAAGCACUCGCAAACAAAAUUACAUGAUGAAUUUUUCACGGCAACAUGGGCUCAGGCAUUUCUACAACAGAAGACGAAGGUCACUUAGACGAUAUCCAUGAAGAAAUGAGAAAUUUAUCUUUUUUCCUCCCAACAUGUGAUGUGUUGCUUUCCAUUCUUUAAAUCUAGCACUGCGUCUGGUAUCAGGACUUUUCUGCAACUGGCUUGAUGAAUAAUUGAAAGCCUUUCUCAAGACAGAGUGUACACCACUUUUUCGCACUGUGAACUAAUGAGAAGUGACUUAUUUUCUCAUAGGUAAAUGUUUUAAUGUUGAUGUGUCUGUGAAAAUUGUGAUCUGUUGUAAUAUCAGUUACAGUGGCAGUAUUGGAAGUAAGCAACUAAUUCUGUUUAACAGGAAAAAAAGUUUAAGCACAAAGACUUUUCUGAAUUUAUGUUUAAAAAAGCCUACAUACUAAGUACAGAAUUUAACAUUCUUUGUCACGUAGGUAUUUAAGUGCACUGUAUUUCAGCUCUGUGUCAUUUUAUAUUAUUAAGUUAUCAUUGUUCGUCCUCUUUGUAUUCUCUUCUACAACAUGACACAUUGGCACUGUAUUUACUUGUUUUGUUGUUGUAAUAUUUUUGCUGCUGAUUUUUGGGCUAUUUACCUUCUGACAAAAUGUAUUAAAAAAAAAAUCAAAGUACCUAAUCAAGAAGAUAAUUGCAAAAGUAGUUGUAAAGGCGUUGAUAUCCUUCGGUCUUAUUCUUUGAUAUGUCUGUUGGUUAGCAUUGUUUUGUGGAUAAAAAAGAAUGCUUGACAUUAAACUUUUUUCUACUAAGGAGUUGCGGAUGAAGCCCCCAACAGAAAUUCCCAAUUCCCUGUCUAAAUGUAGUCAGUUCUUUGCAACUGAUUUACUUACAGUAACUGCCAUUUGGUGUCUGUAGUAAUGAAGUGAUUUGUAAACAGUGAACGUUUCAUCGUGUUCUCUUUGGUGUUUGUUUCUAUUGCGGGUCAUGUUUGUAACUUCUGAUAAAGUUGUAUCUACACCAGCAACGUUAUAAUGCCCCUAUAGCCCUAAACUGUCUAUUAUCAUAAAUAAAAUGCUUCACUUUAUGGUGAACUAAGCUAAAGAUCCAUGCUUCAAUAAAAAUAAUGUCAACAAA